ACCGCAGAAUUUUGUUGAUUUUUCCAGAUGUUUCUUAAAAUAACCGAUUAUUAAUGACGUUAUCUCAAAAAAGAUAUAAAUAUUUGUUUUGAUGUUAGCAAUUGUAAAUCGCAAACAAAAGAAUUCAAAAAAGCUCGGUAAAAAAAGAUCUGAAAGAAGAAAAUGUCUUUGUGGCACGUCCCUGUUCAUAAAUAUUUUCCAACCGAUCCAUUUUUGGACGAUAUCAUGGAGAUUACUUUUCCUCCAUUGAGAUAUUAUCCUUUAUUUGAUAUCGGAACGAAUGUCCUUCCAAAAAAAAAGUCAUCUAAGAAGGAAGAUGGCUUUUAUGCCAAUCUUGAUGUGAAACACUACAAGCCAGAAGAAGUUACUCUUAAAGUAGAAGGCCAAACUCUUGAAGUAAGUGGAAAACAUCGUAAUGAAAACGAAAACGGAUUUGAAUGUAGUGAGUUCCAUAGAAAGUAUACUAUUCCAGAUGAUGUAGACCCAACAGCUCUUACUUCAAACAUUAGUCAAGAUGGCGUAUUGCAUAUCGAAGCUCCUAAAAAGCUACCCGUUACGCCUGAUUCUGGAGAAUCAACAAAAGAGACAUUUAAAUGCGCUUUAGAUGUAAAAGGUUUCAAGCCGGAAGAAAUUUCGAUUCAAGUAAAAGGUAGAGAUUUAGUUGUUCACGGCGAAUCCAAAACCGAAAACAGUGGCGAGCAUGGUCUAAGUUUUCACCACAAGCAGUUUACGCGAAACAUAUCUCUGCCGGAUGAUGUUGAUCCAGCUCACUUAAGUUCUCGUUAUACUAAAGACUCUAAGUUAACGAUAGAGGCUCCGCGAGGUCAAGUUCAGGCUCCACUUAAACUUGAAAUAAAAAUGGAAGAAUAAAGUUUUCUUAAACUUUCUUGACUUUUUAUUUUAACAAUGUUGCAUUUUUUCUUUUGGCAUUUUUACUUCUUAAUUUAUUAACUGAUGUAAAGCUUUCUUAUUUAUUUAAUUAUUAUGUUGAAAA